AAAGCACCCUGUUUAUCUCCAGAGUGAAGAAGUGAAAGGAGGAAUAGCACGUUUUAAAUCGAGUCCGUUUUAAGCUGAAACAAGGAUAAAUAAGCAUCAUGGGAUCCAGUGAGAGUAAGUUGGCCAUGUGUGCCCCAGUAAAACCAGAACCGGCCAUCAAGAACACUCGAGUCAGUCACCUGAUAGAUCCACGUUCUCCUUCAGUGGACAUCAAUCGCACACCUAUUCAGGUUGGUGGGCCUGUGUCCAAAGUUUCUGCUGAGAUGAAAGGUGAGUGUCCAUUGGCAUUCAAUGAUCCCCGCUCACCUUCUGUUGGCGUUUCCCGCACCCCUGUCAGAGAAGUUAUGAGAGCAACGGUUGGAUCCUUUGCUCAGCGGCUGGGGAUGCUUUUCCACAAUGAGACUGAGGACAAAGCCCCUCAGAAACCCCUCUCAGAUGAUGUGGUGGAGGAGGAGGUCCAUGAGGAUGAAGAACUGGCUUCUACUGAGCCCCUUCUAUCUCCUCAGUCGUCCUGCAACUUUGGCUCAAUGGCUGAGCAUGCCAACCUCCUGGCCACCCCUGUGCUGCCCCGUCUCCAGAAUGUGGGUGACACAAGCCCCUUCGUGGUUCUCGAGGAGCCCCAAGUGGAGGUGGAAAUAGAAACACAGGCUGAUAUUACCCUGGAUGAGGCCGAAGAAGCGACAGAAUCUCCACUUAACAAGAGACUGAGCAUGAGCCUGAUAACUUGCCACGAGGGAGCAACGUCAUCCCAGAUCUUUGCUGAGGUGCACCGUGACAGCACGUCAUCCCCAGUGCCUUGUGUGGAUGUUGAGCCAGUUAAGGAUGGUGUGGAGCAUUCUUACACCCUUCCCUCUAUUACUGUUGAACUAGAGUCCACAGUUGAGCCAUCCCAACCCACUAAUCCAGAUGAUACCCCAGUUCAAUCUUCUGCAGAACAAAAAGAUCUUGUUAAAGAAUCUUUGCCUCCUGCAUCUGCUCCAUCAGAGCCACCAGCUGUACCCAGUCCUGAGCAGCCACAGCCCUGCACUACUAUCCGCUUCCCCACCUUUGACUCAAAGAGCCCAAGUCAGGUGGUGUUCAAGCCGCAGUGGUUGGGCAGAGGGUUUGGUGCCACGGGGCUGAGAGCCAGAGGAGUGCAAGGGCGCAGCGGAAAAGGAGGCUCCUCUCCUCUUGCUGUCCGCGUGGCCGUCAAGAAUGUAUCCAAUGAGAACAAAAGACUGUCUGGAAAACUGAAGCAGAAAGGUACUGAAGGCCGCUCUCCACUGCAGAUCCUCAAGGAGACCAACUCCCCCAGGGACCGUCCUCAGAUGAAAGAGAAGGUGUCCACUCCUGAUAGGCAGCAGAGGCUCGGGCAGAUGGACCGCAGAGUGCUGGCAGUGGCUCUGGAUAAGGAGAACAGAUAAUGUGCUGCCGUAAUGUAAAUGUACAGAAUCGUGUCAUGUUUUUUUAUCUCUUAAAACAACCUUUUUAUGUGUACAUUUUUCUUUGACUGAUUUGUGUAUAUUCUGACUGCUGUUCUGUGCAGUUUUCUAUCCUUUUUUUUGUCCUUUUGUAAAUAUAAAUAAAACUA